CUCUUCAUCCCCCUUGCCAGGGCUCGGACUCGGACACCCAGUAACGAAAUAAGAAACAAAUACGGAGUAAAAUGAGACCCAAGGAUCUUCGUUCAGACCAAAAAAUGAGGCUACCUAGAAUCAACCAUCUCUACACUCUUUUGCCACUCGUUACCCUCGCAAUCAAUCAACCUCAGGAGCUUGGGAGGAGUUCUGUCCUUUUGGGUGUCUCUCGCCUGUCACUCGCUUCACUCUGUCGCAUCUUACCUGCACACACACGCAUCUCUUGGACCUGCACGGGGACCACACGCGUGUGGCUCUGCUGCCGCUAGCCCUCUUACCGCUCAAUUGUUACAUCCCCUCCCAGCGUCUCCAGCUGAAAUCCGUGAUCCCGGCGUGCAUGGUUAGACUGCAUCUGCCAGCCCGCUCUUGUUCAGCAAGCUUUGCAUCAAACCGAUUCUGUGCUGGCUGGGGCAAACGGAUGCUGUGAGCCGUUGGUCGGCCACGCCCCUCCUCAAUCCUUUGAACGCCCAUACGGAUCCCACCAUGUGAAAAUGAUGCGCCAAUGAAAUGACAUGACCUUUUUCUCUCGUGGGAGCUUUCUAUGAGGAAAUCAGGAGAAUGUGACCAAAACAACGUUGAAGACAGCGGCAAGGACCAUCAAGGCGGGUCCGGCCAUACACCAAGGUCUAAAAGAGAUCCUAUAACAGGCAGGCGCAGUCCUGCACCUACAAGAUGCCCAUUGUCCGAGGCCUCUUCGUCGUCAAGUUCAGCGACCAUGAAAUCGUCCAUGUGUACCGAGUUAGACAUCCCUCCCAAAGGGGAUAGUCAACCCGAUAUCAAUGUCGACUACCCUCAUGGGCCAGCCUCCCUUUUGGACGGGCAUUCGUGCCCUUCAGAAGCAUCCGAGGCAGACGGGAAGGCUUCGGACACCGACCCUUGUUUACAGGCGCUUGAAGUGAGGUCAAAGCAGGAAGGCGACGUUCGCGAACGCGUCAAGAUACCUGCAUGCACAGCGGAAGAGGAUGUCGAGGCCCUCCUUCACGCAACCCAUCUACCACCGGUGACGCGAGAGUCCUUGGAAGAGCUGGACCUUAUGUGGAUUCAGUCAAAUAUCAACCUGAGGGUGGACAUCAAUUAUGACCACGACCUCCACUUCACACCCGUCUCUGGCUAUAAAGGGGAACAGAAGAGGAAAGAGGCUAGGAAAUAUUGGCUGAGUUUGGAGGCGGAGUUGAGGAUAGUUUAUCAGCAUGACCAUCUAGGGCCAUGCUCGAGAUGUCAAGAAGCACGUCGUUCCGCCCCAUCGAAGGGCCGAUAUUUCAAACCGAGACUCCGCCAGAUGUUUUUGACGCUCAAGGAGCUGCUGAGCAUCUUGGUACCCGACCGCGACCAAGACCAAAUAGUUCAGUAUCUCGAUAUCACGCUGCUUCUUCAAGAAGUGUCCCACGGCUUGCUAGACGUUGUUCAACUCGCUCGGUGGCUCUGCGUGCUUCUGACGACGCACUGCGCGCCCAUGAGGGAUGAGUCUGCGCAAGAGAUGGCUGACCAGGUACGGCAGGGGGCAGAAAAAGGCGAUCUGCAUGCUCUAGUUGCUGGGAUCGAGAAGUUGUUCUCCUUUCUGGAAGCCAUGAAGCUAGAUGUUGCGAAUCAUCAAAUCCGAAGCUUCCGAUAUCACCUCAUCGAUGAUACGGUCCCCUUUCAACAAGAGUACUUUCGCCUGCGCAUCUUGAGCGAGAGACUUGAUGUGGGUCCUUCACAACAGUGGUACCUCUCAGCAGCACAAGAGCACAGGCUCUGCUUGACUGCGCCCCCGACGCAUAGAACAUUUGCACUCGAGCCCUUGGUUCACGGGAUGGCCAAGAUUUGUGUCUCGCCGAACCCAGUCAUCCCGGAAACCCUGAAGCACGACAGGUGUCGCCUCAGGACCAUGCGCGAGGAGAUUCAAGAUUUUCUCCAUCUCGAAAUGUCUCUCGAGGUCUUUGACGAAAUUCUGUGCCACCUACGUGACGCUGACAACAAGGAUCCGCUGACAAGAAGGCGUUGGCAGAAUCGGGCAACAGAAACACGCGCUCGCUUGCACAAUCGCCUCAUGGAUCUGACGGAAGGUUAUGUAGAGCCCGGUACAUCCAUCUCUGAUGUAUGGGACCGUCACGCGAGUGCCAUUGGCCUCGAACUCACUCGUGCCGCCAGCCAUGCUUGCGGACGGGCGACGCAGAUAACGGAGGCAGAUGUCGCCAAGGCCACGGAUCACUUGAGAGACAUGUUCGACUCGGAGCAGCGAGAGCACGUUCGCGCCGAGGCCAUCGGAUUUGACAUUGAGAAGAGCGCUCUUAAUACUGCCUCUGAGUUCCAGGGCAUGACGACUCUCGCCAUCUCCGAAGCUCAAAAACAAUGGCAACAGAUCCAACAACAGAAUUCACAGGGAGGACGAAUCCCGUUCCAAAUUGAGAGCAUUGCUAGGAUGCUGGCGCAUAUGGCCGUCGUAAACUUUCGAGUGUGGACGGAAUUGGUUUAUUUGGAGCGGGAAGGCGAUGAUGCAUUUGAUGAAGAAGAAGUUUGACACAGCAUUUUCAGCGACGGGAAAGAAUUGACGAAACGAAGAAAACUUUUUGGUUUGGCACAUGAUGGAAUUCUCUGGUGACGAAGAAAGAUAUUAUACCCCUUUUUGCUGCCUAACUGGACAAGGAAAAAAGGGCGUUCAUUGGGAUAUCACAGGUAUUAACUGGAGCUCGGGCGUCUUGUAACAUUACAUUUCUGGCAUUGGCUUUGACUUUCGACAUUACUACCUUGCCAUCUUUAAUAACACACAGUCACGAAGUGAUAUUCUCUUGAGUUGGCAUUCUAUUUUUGGAGAAGAGUUACAAGGUCAGUGCUGCUUCGCAUCGUGUAGGCUGAAGGAACGAGGCUCUGUAGAACGAGG